ACCUCUCUUUCUAUCUUCUCCAUUUUGCCACUCAUUCCACAAAGAAACAAAAUCAUCAUCAUCAAAGAUAUCAUCAAUACACCAACCCUUUCACCUUCUACACUCUCAUAUGAUAGUUCAAUAAAAGUUCUAAACUUUGAGAGAGCCUCACAAAAUUUCUGUGAAAUUCAAAUUAUGCUAUGGAGGCCCUCAAUUCUGCUGUUUUCACCCCCCUUUCUGUGCUUUCUGAUAGAACAAAAAACCCCACAAAAAUUUCAUGCAAAGUUUCAAACUUUCCCACUUCAAACACCAGAAAACACAACCUAAAAGAGUUUCUAUCAAAGGGUUUUCAAAAGGGUCUAAUCCUUGCAGCAACUUCAGUUGUGAAUGUGAAUGUUGUUAAUCAUGGUGAAUUUGCCAAAGCUUUAACAUAUGAAGAAGCAUUAGGACUAUCUCCAAGUGCAUCAAACUAUGGUGGUGACAUUGAUGUUAAUGGUUUUGUUGAUAGUGUGGUAGGCUUUGUAGCUGAGAACCCUGCAAUUCUUGCUGGUGGAGUAGCUAUUUUGGCAGUUCCAUUGGUUUUGUCUCAGAUUUUGAAGAAACCUAAGCCUUGGGGAGUUGAAUCAGCUAAGAAUGCUUAUGCUAAAUUGGGGGCUGAUGGGAAUGCUCAGUUGCUUGAUAUAAGAGGUUUGGCUGAGAUUAGGCAAAUUGGUGGCCCAAAUGUUGGGGGUUUGAAGAAGAAAUCGGUGUCGAUAGCUUAUAAAGGUGAUGAUAAGCCAGGGUUUUUGAAGAAGCUUGCUUUGAAAUUUAAGGACCCUGAGAAUACUACAUUGUUCAUUCUUGACAAAUUUGACGGGAACUCUGAACUGGUUGCAGAAUUAGUCACCCUUAACGGAUUUAAGUCUGCUUAUGCAAUUAAGGAUGGCGCAGAAGGACCACGGGGAUGGGUGAAUAGCGGUCUUCCUUGGAUUGAACCAAAGAAAGCAUUGAGCUUUGAUUUUGGAAGUUUGACAGAUACUAUCAAUGAAGCAAUUGGAGAAUCUGAUGGCUUGGUUGUCACUCUUGGGAUUGCCGCAGCUACGGGAUUGGGUGCAUUAGCUUUUUCUGAGGUAGAAACAAUUCUCCAACUUGUAGGAUCUGCUGCAAUUGUUCAGUUUGCAAGCAAGAAGCUCCUUUUUGCCGAGGACCGAAAGAAAACGCUAAAACAAGUUAACGAGUUCUUGAACACCAAAGUUGCUCCUCAGGAGCUCGUUGAUGAAAUAAAGGACAUCGGAAAGGCUCUUCUACCAACCUCCACCAACAGCAAUAAGGCUCUUCCUGCACCUACAGAAACUGUUCCAGAGCCCGCUACAGCGAGUGCCACUGUACAGAAAGCAGAAGCUACUCCUGAUAUUGUCGAGCCCGUACAGAAAGCAGAAGCUACUCCCGAUAUUGUCGAGCCCGUACAGAAACCAGAAGCUACUCCCGAUAUUGUCGAGACCGUACAGAAAGCAGAAGCUACUCCUCCCGACGUUAUCCCCGAGACCAAAGUAGAAGCAGUAGCAGAACCUGCACUGGAAACAAACUCAGUCCCAAAAACUGAAACUGUGGCAGAAUCAAUUCCGGCGCAAACUAAACCGCUUUCACCAUACCCAUAUUAUCCGGAUUUCAAACCUCCGACAUCUCCAUCUCCAACACAGCCCUAGAGUUUCAUAUCUAUGAAGAGAAUUCUAUAGCAGGCAAAAUAGUUAUCCAAAGUAUUCAGCAUGUAUCAAGAGCUAGCUGCACAAUCCUGCAAGAACAUCUUCAACUUAGAUGAAACUUAAGCUGAAGAAAAAAAAUCAUGUCACUAGUUAUAUAUUGUAGUUUGUUAUGAUUAUAAUCCUUACAUUUGUGUUGUUUCUGUAGUUGUUAUGCUGUGACUUAGUAUCAUAUUACAACAUUCAGUUUUGAAUAAGCAAAUAAGGUUUCAAAUGUGCCUUUGUAUUGGUUCAUGAAGUUUGGAUUUAGUAAAAGCAUUGAACUUUUGGUUGUGAAACA